AAAUCACCUUCGGUGCGCGGACACUUGCGAGAUUGUACUUCCGGUGUUUGAUUUGAAUCACGCGUGGGAGAAACACAUUUUCUGACAGAACAUGUUUUCUGCAACACCCGAUAGUCAUGAGUCUAUGACAACGUCGCCAUCAGCAGUGGGUCCAGGCCAUGGGCACAGUCAGUCACAGUUCUUACCGGGGUAUUUGCUUGGUGAUCAUGCUCCUCACGGAAUGGCAAGCCCAAAGUUGUGGUCAGCUUCCAAUAUUAGCCCAGGACAGAGACCAAGUCUUAUGCACACACAACAUAUAUCUUCCCCUAUAUCCAGAAAUAUACCAAAACCAGAAGUGGCAAAAUGUCGUGGUGGUGGUCCACCAGUUCGAGGGAUCUUUUCUGGUUCUGACCAGACUUGUGUUGUCUCCUCACCAGUUCAGGUAAGACCUGGUUCUGCUGCUGGAAGAGUUGGUACCCCUGGCCCUCCAACUUCAGGUCUGCUGGGUACACCCACCACUGCAAGAGGAGAACUGUCCAUCAGCCAGAAUCUUACACUGCCAAUUUCACCAACCCAGCUUGAUCCUUUCUACACUCAAGGAGAGUCAUUAAAACCUGAUGAUAUCCUUGAUGAAACAUGGGUCACAAUUUUUGGGUUUCCGCCAGGAGCUACAAGCUUUAUCCUUCAACAGUUCUCUCAGUAUGGCAAUAUUCUAAAGCAUGUGUUAUCGGCAGAGGGAAACUGGAUGCAUGUACACUUUCAGUCAAAGCUUCAGGCCAAGAAAGCGCUGAGCAAAAAUGGAAAAGUUUAUGGAGGCCGCAUGAUGAUAGGUGUACUUCCCUGUAUAGACAAGAGUGUAAUGGAAGACAAAGAAAAUGUUACCUUAGCAUCUACACCCAUGACACCACAAGCAAUGUCCACAGAAUUGAACGUAUCUGCUCGAGGCACAGGAACACCAAUCCGUCCCCUAACUGCUGCUUAUGCUGCAUCACGCAGUGAAUAUGAGGUGCUUAAGAACAAGCCAACACCUCGGAAAGACCAGGGCAUCGUGUCCAUGGUCAAGGAGUACAUGUUUGGCUGGUAACAACGCAAGACUGGGAUUGACAGGAGAAAUACUGCCAGCUCCAUUCUACCAGAAGUCUUUCACAUUUAUCAGUGUCGUUUGAUGUGUUUCUGUGUAUUUUUUGUUUGUUUCAGUUUUAGCCAGAUAAUUUAGCCUACAUUUUCCAGAAACUCUGAUGAACAUUUCCAACAUUUUGACUUAUUGUCAAAUUGUUGCAGAGUCAGGAAAAUGACUGGGAGAGGUCUAAUAUAAGCGAUGGGUUGUGUAACUUGUCUCUGGCUGGUCAAAGUGUUUUGAAUGUGCUAUCUUUUAAAAGUAUUUGAUGAUUAUGAAAAUUAUAUUUCUAGGAUGACGACAAAUUUCAUUGAUGUCCAGAUGUUUUGUAUAGCAUUUGCACAAUGACUAUUCAAAACAUGCUUUUUAAAGUUAAAUGAAUAUUAAAUGCUUGGGGGAAUCAUUUGAAAGAAAAUAUAGAUUCCUAAAAAAAAAAAAAUAAUACAUCUAAGGCAGCUUCGUUUUGUUCAUUUUCAUAACAUGUAUUUCUGAUGUAAUGAAAAGAUAAAGCACUUGUUUAAACAACACUUUGCAAAGUUUACUUUGGCUUACAUUUUUCAGACUGGUAGCAACAGCAAUUAUGUGACCAGUCUCUGCUUUAUGUGUAAGAUAUUACAAAAAAAAUACUUGGAUUGUAUAGAGGAACUACUAAAGAAAUUAUAAAGAGUAAUUUGACUCCUUAUUUACUAUUUGUUUUACACUCACCGUAGUGCAAUCCUACUAUGAUCCAUUAAAAGUGGAACGUUUUCAUUUUUUUA